AUGGCCGACCGGGCCUCAACGCCACCACCGCAACCCUCCGCCCCCGCGCCCUUAACCCCCGAACAAAUCCGCCAACUCGAAACCAGCCGCCUAAAAGCCAAAGCCCUGCGCGCACGCAGCGACGCCGCCCUUGCCGCCACCGCCACCGCGCCCACAACGACACCCAGCGGCUUCAGCCUGGGCCAAAAGCGGCCGUACAGCGCCAUCAGCACGCGAGCAACCGAGAGCAGCCGGCGCGAUGGCAGCAACGGCGCGACAAACUCCGCAGCGGCGGCAGCGGCGACGAGGGCGGGGAAAGACGACGCUAUGAUACGGCCGGCCAAGAAGUUCGAGAAGAGCGCGUACAUCGAGUACGACUUCAGCAAGAUGACGGACACGAAAGGCGGCUUCAUGACGGCCGAAGACGACCCGCACAACCGGGCGCUGCACGCGACGGGGGCGGGCAGCAACGACGGCGGGGCAGCGCCCAAGCCAGCGCACAUGACGCAGCGGGAAUGGGAGCGGCACCAGCUGCUGCAGAAGCUGCGCGCGCAAAAAACCGGCCCCUUCGAGCCGGGCAUCAGCGUUCUCCGCAGCGGCGACGGCAGCACCCCCAAGUGCGUCGAGUGCGCCAGCCCGGAGAUCGACUGGGCGUGGGCGGACGUGUUCAGCAUGCGCGUGUGCCACGCGUGCAAGGAGUCGCUGCCCGAGAAAUACAGCCUGCUGACCAAGACCGAGGCGCGCGAGGACUACCUGCUCACGGACUCGGAGCUGCGUGACGCGUCACUCCUGCCGCGCCUCGAGCGCCCCAACCCGCACAAAGCAUCUUUCCACAGCAUGCAGCUGUUCCUGCGCUGCCAGGUCGAGGAAUACGCUUUCUCGGCGCGCAAAUGGGGCAGCGCCGAGGCGCUGGAUGAGGAGUUUGAGCGGCGGCAGGUGCAGCGCAAGGAGCGGAAGGAGAAGAAGUUUAAUGCCAAGUUGGCGGAGUUGAAGAAGCGCACGCGCGUCGAGGCGCAUCGGAGGAACCGCGAUGCCCUCAAGCGCGGUGAUGCCACGGAGGCGCAUUUCGGGCAGGCGAUUGCGAGUCGUGGCGACAGGCAUGAGCAUGAGUGGGGCCGUGCCGUUGAGGACCCGGCUACGGGCGCGGUUAAGAAAAGCUGUGUUGAGUGCGGCAUGGAGGUUGAGGAGCUGGAGUUCUGA